CCUAGAAAGCUUAUUUUUUUUUUUGUUUCCUUGUGGAAUUCCCUCAGCUCACAAAAUUAACCCUAACCCUAUAUUCUUUACUGAAGCUCACGCUACAUGAACAGUUAAUACUCAGCCUUCUUUACUGCUUGGUAUUCGGCUCAAAUGACGGAGGCAAACAUGAUUCGAGGACAUCGCAAGCAGUCAGUCUUGCUUACGGAUGCAGAAUUACUUGAAAUGCGAGCAAGACAAAGAACCUUCGAGGGGGCAUAUUGGAGAACUGCUAUCAUGGCAGUAUCGACUGGCCUACUUAUUCUCAAAGUGUUUACCAAAGAGUUUUACAAGAUAGGCAUUACCUUUUUUGUGUUUGGCCUGGUCAUGCUGGGUAUCGCUGUGUUGCGACGACGAACAGCUGGCGAUGUGUUUGAUCUCAGUAUACCUUUUCAAACCAGUGGAAACUGGGUGUUACUGACAACGAUUGUAACCCUGGUUACUUACAUUAUUUUACUAGUUUUAUUGCUGAAAUUAUAGCACAACUUUCAUAAUCCCCCUUGCAUAAUCAUAUAAAUUUAAUUCUUCACAAACCCACGUUUUUGUACAGUUCACGUAGCUGUAGAUAGACGCAUUCGACUGGAUGAUAUAUGGACCUGAUGACAUCCCUUCUUGCGUUAUAAUAAAUCGUUACAAAGAGCAAAAAUUGAUAAUGCCAGGCGGAGGUCCGUGGCAG